CUGGGUCAACUAUAAGAUGACGCUGCGUUGAUCUCAUCUUUCUGAUAACCCGAUGUACCGAUCGGUCACCAUCGCUGGCCGCCGCGUUCACAGUGUCUUUGAUCGGAUUAUCAGCUUUCCAGUCUCUUAUAUGCAUAUGCAUAUGUGUAAUAUAUUAAAACCCUCCAAAACCCCAUAAAUCCAUGAAUCACCCCAAACAUAAAUGCUUCAUUUUUCCUCUUUUUCUUUCACUUCUGUAAUCCUUUCUGAUUUGUCCUGCCUUUCAGUUUUUGAAUCGUGUUAAACGAUGGCGAUGGAUGUUCCAGAACCUCGGCGGAAGAAAAUUCAAUUACGGGUUUUCAUUUCUAGCAUUCUGGGUCCGAUUUGAAAAGUCAAAAUACGGCUCUGUUCUUGUCUGUUCGUCAAAUUAGAAAACUUUGUUUGAAAUUCUCUUGAAGCAUUUAUAUAUUGUUUGUGGUUUCGGGUUUUUAGUUGGAUUGCGAGAAAUGGGUACUAGGGCAGUGUCGAUUGAGGAGGUUGUGGGAGAGAUAAUGAGGCUUCAUCGAUCCCUGCCAGCGCGGCCAGGGAUUGAUGACGUGGAGGCGGCGAAGUCGUUGGUUGCAAACGUGGAGAGGGAGGAUCAGCUGAAAAUCGACGCGAUUGCCCGGCAGAGGAAAGGCAAAGAUGUUCCUGAAGAGCUGUUCAAGGUGUUGCAGGAGAUGCAGAGGAGUAUGGUUCACUUUCAGAGCAAAGAGCAGAAGAGGGAGGCGUUGAAACUGUUGGACCUCGAGAAUGCCCAUUUGGUGUUCGACGAUUUGGUUCAGAGAGCUUCUAAAUGUUUGCCUUCCAAUUCUCAGACCACCUAUCCUUCCUCAAAUUCUUCCAUGGAUUCCAGCACUUUUUCUUUAACAAACUCCGCUUCCCUGUCCGGCAGCAGCUUCGGCUCUCCGGCCACCACUGCCACCACGUCUAGCUUUUACAACGAGAGGGAGCCCCUUAAAGCUUCUGAGUUGUUCAGUAAAGACGACAGUUAUUUAACCAAGGCAAAAUCCACUAUCCAUGUGGAUGGAAUUGGAGUUGGAGUUGUUCGAUAUUCGGAUGCCCCAUCAAUUCCCAAGAUUGUUGAUUCUACUUUGAUGCCUUCUAGUAGCUCAAGCCAUGAUGGUGAAAAACUAAGCUUGAUAAAACUUGCAAGCUUGAUUGAAGUGUCAGCAAAGAAAGGAACCCCAGAUCUCAAUCUUCAGAGCAAAUUGUCUGACCAAGUUGAAUGGCUUCCUGAUUCUAUAGGGAAGCUAUCAGGUUUGAUCACUUUGGAUUUAUCCGAAAACCGGCUAAUUGCUUUACCAACUACUAUAGGGGGUCUUGCAUCAUUGCAGAAACUAAAAUUAAGUGGAAACAGAAUUGGAGAGCUGCCAGAUUCCAUUGGAGAUCUUCUCCAAUUGAUCUCGCUUGACCUUGGUGGAAACCAUUUGAAAUCAUUGCCGGUUUCUAUUGCUAGAUUGGUGAACCUCCAGGAACUUGAUUUGAGUUCCAACAUGCUCUCUUCACUCCCGGAGACGAUUGGUUGUCUAGUAAGUCUCAAAAGAUUGAUUGUGGAAACUAAUGAACUCGAUGAACUUCCUCACACUAUUGGCCAAUGCUCUUCUCUUGUGGAGCUUCGUGCAGACUAUAACCGGCUCAAAGCCCUCCCCGAAGCCGUGGGACGGAUCAAGACGUUGGAGAUCCUGUCUGUGCGCUACAAUAAUGUGAGGCAACUGCCUACCACUAUGGCGUCUAUGGAAAAUUUGAAAGAGCUGAACGUUAGUUUCAACGAGCUUGAAUCUGUGCCCGAGAGUAUGUGCUUUGCUACCACCUUGGUAAAACUAAACGUUAGCAACAAUUUUGCAGACCUCCAAUCUCUGCCAAGAUCCAUUGGCAACCUCGAGAUGCUCGAGGAAUUGGACAUUAGUAAUAACCAGAUAAGAUUUCUCCCAGACUCGUUUAGAAUGUUGUCCAAGUUGAGUGUCCUAAAAACCGAAGGAAACCCCCUGGAAGUCCCACCACCAGACAUAGUUGCUAAAGGCGCAAAGGCUGUUGUCCAAUACAUGGCCGAUCUUCAUGCAAUGAGGAACAUGAAGGCAGUGCAACCAGUGAAGCAAAAGAAAACUUGGGCUCAGAAGCUCUUUGGCUGCUCACGAGCCAAUAAACAAAAGCGCGUUGAAUAUGUAAAAACCUAGUCAUAUAUGUUGUUGAAAAUACAAGCUGUGGGUGGGCUGUAAGAGAUCUGACAUGUUGCCAGGUUGAAGAAUUCUUAAACUAUAUUUUUGUCUAGGAAUCACAUGCUCAUGCUGUUUCCAGAUAAGGCUUCCUCCCAGUCCCAGGUUGUUGCCAGUUUGCCUGCCACAUAAACUGAAGGCUUCUUCUUUGUCCUUGUUUAAUAUCUGUUAUUCUUGUCUUUGCUUUAUCUUCACUUUGUAUCCUUAAUUUGAUGAAUGAAUGAUUGUAAAUGAGAUUGUACAAUUGACCUCAAGUCUGUGCCUGCACAACAGGAUCUUAAUUUGAAUCUCCACUUUUGUACUGCCUUAUCCACUUUAAUGAAUCUUUUUUCUUCUUCAAAA